AUGCCCUGGUCGGGCGCCCACUACGUCUUGGCGGGCAGUGACGCGUUGAAUCCAUUGCACAACACAUCCAACACUUCCAACACUUCCAACACUUCCAACACUUCCAACACAUCCACGACGUGUACAACAAAUGGAAAGGCGCGGUAUUUCAGUGGCGAAGACAUCGAUGAGUUCAGGGACUGCUUCUAUCUGAUCACUCACUCCAACGGAUCCAUCACUUCCAUGGAUGAGCUGAAGACAAUCAUGAGGUCGUUGGCAAUGAGUCCAACGCAAGAAGAACUCAAGCAAUACUUCCAACAGAAAGGAGGGAAACUGUCUUUCGCUGACUUUCUGGAUGUAAUGCAUUCCCAUUCAGUCAAAGAGAAGGUCUCGCAGGAAGUGAUGGACGCCUUUCGGGCCUCCGAUUGGAAUCGAAGCGGAACUAUAAGUGUGGCUCAACUCAGACAUUAUCUCAUGGAUUGUGGCGAAGCUGUGGACGAGAGGCUGAUGGACCGGCUCUUGAGAGAGACCAAUAACUCCACUUCCAUCCACUCUCACGUCAAGUAUGAAGACUUGGUGCGAAUCAUCUGCUCUCCAAUUCCUGAUUAUUAGUGUCACUCAACACCAGACACUCACCACUUCCUCCACAACCACUCAAACAAGUCUUUGAAUGAAAUUAUUUAUAUUUAUAUAUCCUAUGAAUCACAUGAGCCUUAACUGUGUAUUCAUUACGAAUCAAUUAAAUGGUUGUGAAUGCAUUGCAAUUUGCAAACCUAAUACCGUCAUAAGAUUUAUGUAACUUAUCUUGCUCAUUUCGUA